AUGAAUGAUGAUAGUUUUGCUGAAUAUGUUCGUGAAGAUGAAUCAUUAUUUGCCUUGAAACCAAAUAAUAUAACAAUGGAAGAAGCAGCAGUUAUACCAUUAGCAUGUGAAACAAAUUAUCAAGCUUUAUUCAAAAAAGUUUCAUCGCCUAUUGGAAACAAAAGUAAAAUAUUAAUUUGUGGUGGAAGUACAGUAACAGGUUUAUAUGCAAUUCAGUUAGCCAAAGCAGUUGGAGCUCAUGUCACAGCAACAUGUUCAAAAAGAAAUUUUAGUCUGAUGGAAAAACUUGGUCAAAAUUAUGAUGUUGUUUAUGAUUGCGUUGGUGGUGAACAACAAUGGACAUCAGCACAACAAGUAUUAAAACGUAGUGGUCAAUUUAUUACUAUUGUGGGUGAUGAUAGAGAAUUGGUUAUUUCAUUAAAAUCAUUAGUUUCAUUUAGUUCUGGUUUGAUAAAUCGAAAAUUUUGGUCUAUCUUUGGCUCAUCUCAUCAUAAUUAUAUAUUUCAUUUUGUAAAUCAUACUUUUCAAGAACUUGAUGAUAUCAGAACAAAAUAUAUUGAAACAGGAAAAGUUAAAUCAGUAAUUGAUACAAUUUUCGAUUGGCAAAAAGAUGAUGUAGAAACUUUAUAUUCACUCUAUGAAAAAUCAAAAAGUGGAAAAGCACAAGGAAAAUUAAUUUUUAAAAUAGCUGAUGAUGAAUAA